CUUUUUUUCGGGGCUGUUCGUAUUGUUAGUCUGGCUGUGGCCUGCGUGCGUACGUGCGUCUGAAUGUAAGACCGGAAAAUUCGUAUGCCUGUACGUAGAUUCGUCGGCCACUGAAAGGGCAGACUGCAAGGCGGGGGUUCGGUCGGAACAGCAAAGACAAAAAAAGAGGUGGCGAUCUACCGGAGAAGCCAGCAUUGGAAACAUCCGUGACCUCCAUCUCGUCCCCGCCAACGUCCAUCCUCGUCCAUCCUCUCUUUUCUUCCUCUUUUUCUCUCUCUCUGCUGGGGCAGAAACAAAAGGCCGAAACGAUGGGGAGAGGAAGACGACCAGAUACGACGCUAGAGCCAUCGAGGCAGCUGCUGACCCAGCGCGCCUUUCGGCAGCGGAGAGCUGCCCACCUGUCCGAGCUCGAGACACGCGUAAAGGACCUUGAGCGAGAGAAUGCCGAGCUCAAAGCUCUCUCGGCACACAACAUAUCUUCAACCGCCGCUUUUGCCUCUACACCUGGAUCUGGUACCGGUCUCGGCUCUUACACUGGCAGAGAUGUUGUAGGGAUAAAGGGUGGGAGUACGAAGGGGGAUGAUGAGCAGCAGCAGUACGCAAGACAGCAGUGCCAGGACUGUCUUUCGCACGAGAAGAGUCGCAUCGAUGUGCUCCAAUCCGCCAAAGUAGUCGACUCAUACUUUGCAGCACUCACCUCGUCGAUCCUCACUUUGCGGCAAGCAUCGCAGACAAAUUACAACGACGCAUCGCAGUACAGUCACGCCAGUGGCAGCUAUUCAAUGGAGCAGCAGCGCACAGCAGCAAGCGCAAACAGUCUUGCCCGGCUCGAGUCUGUGGCCCAAGCGACGGGCGAUCAGGUGCGGAUCCUCGUGUCAAAGGUGUCCCAGAUGGGUGGCCAGCUCGCAGUGGCAGGCGCAUUCAGCGCCGAACCGACUCCUUCGCCUUCGCCCUCGUCGUCGAAGCAAAUGUACUCUUCGUCAGCCUUUUCAGCACACUCGCUCGGCUCCCCCUCAACGACGACUGGCUUUUCUCAGCAGAUGCUUAGUCAUGGACAGAACAUGACCUUGCAACACGGCCCACGCUCUCCUUACCUGCAGCAGCAGCAACAGCAACCGGCUCAUACCCCCUUCAGCGCCGCCACCCAGUCUCACCCAGCCUCGCCAGCGCUGUCGCAAGCAUCAGAGAAAAGAUGCCGACCAUCAAGUAACGGCGGCGGCUGCUGCCCUCCUUCAUCGUCAUCCCUUUCCUCUCCGAUGCAGCCGACACAGCAGGGGAAGCCCCCACCUCCCACGGCAUACCCUGCGCAAGCAUCGACGAACACCCACACCAACGAGGCACGCCCAAGAAGAGGAGGAAUGGACAUGGGUAUCUCGUCACAGACCGGUAGGGAGGAUAGCCAGUCGGGCGCGACGCCUGCGCCAGCAGCGGACAAUUCAGCGACGUCUAGCUGGACCCAGCUGGGCGGGGACGAGACGAAGUGCUGCCUUGGCUUCUUUGAGUGUGAUAGCGAAGGGAAGAUCUUGAUACCUUCACCGCCGCCAACGCAACCCCUUCAGCUGCCGAAUUGAGAGCCGCGAUAUCUCUUCAUAUAUUGUCUCCCGUGACACAGAUCUAUUUGUACGAU